AUGGUUUGCAACAAGUCAAAUACUACCACCGGUGUUAUGAAGAGGUCUACCUCGGCUAUAGAAGGACCGCCUGGUUCGGACGUGACUCCUUCUUCGAUGACGUCUCCUCGUUCUUCACUCCGCUUGCCUUUUAACCACUAUGCUUUGAUCCAUUUGGACAGCGAGGGCAAGUUUGAGGUCGAUGAGUCGUCCUCUAUUCGAAAGGAAAAUUCUGGCGUGUUCUCGUCUGAGACACGCUGGAAGUUUCUGGAGAUCUUGGGUGUGAGAAAUGAAUACCAACCUUUCGCUCGCCGUAUGUACCCUGAAGUAUCGUCCCGCAGGGUUAAAAGACGCCGCGGAAAUGCUCCCAGCAUCUCAUCCUCUGACGAUGAUCGGGCCGAACCCGGCUCUGAUCGCGAAAAUCUCCUCCCCGCCAGAUCUGGCAAGGUGCAGCGCAAGUACUCCGUGGUUGCUGAGGCCUUCAUCAAAUUCAUCGAGCCUCGCAAACAGGCCCGAUAUCCGUAUAACGGAUGCAAGCCUCCGCCGGGCUCUCUUCCCGGCUCCAGGGCUGACCCGGAGAAGACCAAACCAGAAUGGUGGCCCCGAGGAGUGAUACACAUGGAGCCUGACCACUUGUUGAAAGACUCCCUGGAUCGCAUUCAACUUCUGCUCCACAUCCUGCGCAAUCUUGGAAAGUAUGGCGCCACUGCCGCCAAGCUCGAGGAAGUCGCUGGCGACACCAAGCGGAAAUUGAAGCAUCCUUCUCAUGUGAAGAUUAUCUACGAGAUCCUCCGGGUGCGAAAGAUGGAGGAGUGCUUUGAGCGCGGGGAAGUUAACGCCGACAUGGUCGUUCACGUCUAUAAUUGCGGCUUCAGCCACAAGGGUGACGGUGACGAGGAUGAAGAGUCUGCUAAGGCACCGACAACCCUCAAAGCUCCCGAGCGCGUCGAAGAUGAUCUGCUAACACCUACUUCCUCUGUGGAGCAAGUCUCUGCUCCUCUCACCACACCAAUCGAAAUUGUGAAUCGUUCAAUGCCAGGUCACUUUUCGAUACUAGAGACUCUCAAUUUUGAAGGCUGUGACGGCCACGCAUUCUACGCUAGGCCCCCACAUCACGCAGACCUCCGAUUCUCGCAAUCAAUACUCAGUACACCCGCCACCACAGAGAUGAUGAGUCUCCACAGAGUCUCAGUCUCCGACUACCCCAGCCAAAACCCCUUCCCAACCUCCACAUCCGACCAACAACGUACGACAGCAGAUCGCUAUGACGCCUGGUCAUCGCCCAUCUUCCGGCAGAACAUCUCCAGCCCGUUCGACCACAGCGCUCCACCCAGCGGCCGGAACCUCUUACCUCCCUCAAUUUUCGACCACAUACCCAUGGCAUCGCCCGCCACUGGGCCAGUGGGCACUGCCGCUCCGCACCGGGUUGCUCGGUCACCCGCACGGACUACCUCUCUCGUACCCGGUGUAGAUUGA